UGACCUGACUCGUUUAACUACCAAUAAAAAAAGCAAGACCUUGGAGAUGCCAAGUGUCUCUACAUUAACAUCAGAAGAUAAACAGAUUAUUAAGAAAUGUAUUUCUAAGCCUAAUAAUAAGAUUAUUACAGCAGCAGUUGCACGACUUUAUGUUGCUUAUCCGAAUCCUAAUGAAUGGAGAUUUACAGGAAUAAGUGGAGCGAUUGUUUUUACCUAUGAUAUGAUUGGAAAUACGUUAUUCCUUAAGAUGGUAGAUAUUUCAAGUUCAAACCGUGGUAUUAUAUGGGAUCAAGAAUUGUAUGAAAAUUUCCAGUAUCAUCAGGAUAGGACGUUCUUUCAUUCGUUUGAAUUGGAGAAAUGUAUGGCAGGGUUAUCAUUUGCAGAUGUGAAUGAGGCAUCGAGUUUUUAUCGGCGUGUAAAUGGACGUCUUAAUGUUAAUUCUCAUAAAAAUUCGAGUGUAGUUGGGGGGUUAAAGAUGAGUACGAAGAAGAAAUAUAUAGAUAAAUCGAAGAUUGGGGCGCCGUCGCAUUUUAAACAUGUUAGUCAUAUUGGAUGGGAUUCAGAGAAGGGAUUUACAGUAGAAAAUAUAGAUCCAUCAUGGAAGAAGCUUUUUGAGGAUUUAGGGCGAUUUGGAUUUUCGUAUGAACAAAUUGAGGAGAAUAAGGAAUUUAUUCGGGAAUAUGUUGCAAGGAAUGGGGGGUUAGGGAAUAAUAGUCAAGGAUUAGAAUCAUCACAAGUAAAUACAUCAGUAUCACAAGAAACUAUUAAGAAGUCACGUAUGCCACCGCCACCUCCAUUACCGCCACUUCCGGCAUCAUCGAGUUCCAUUUCUAGGACCGAUUCGAAUAAGAAAUCGCCGUCUUCGUCGUCUUUAAGAAGAGUACCGCCGCCACCACCACGUAAAUCUCAUGUUUUUACGUCAGAAACAAGUCGACCUUUGGAAUCAACGUCUGUUCCGCCUAGUCCUCCGCCUUUGAGGAAUUCUGUCAUUAAUCAACAUAGAACUUCUCAUGUUUCUACGGUUAACAUAAAUGCAUCAUCUAAUUUAGUCAAUUCAACAGGAAAUAAGGUUUCCAUGGAAUCAGAUGUUAAAAAGUCUUCUUUACAUGAAAGCUCUACUCGUAAAUCAUCUUUAUCAUCAUCAUCUGGGCCAUUAUUCUCAAAUCAUUCAUCCGAUUUGAAGUCAGAUUCUAUAAUACCAUCUACUUCAGCUUUCAAAUCAGAUGCUCACUUUUCAUCUUCAAAUAAAGAUAAAAAUACAACUUCUGAUAGUGCAAUGUCUUUAUCUUCAUCUAGGAAUUCUGCUUCUUCUUAUCGAUUACCUAAUAAGGCUUCUGAUGGUUCAUUAGGUUCUACUCUUGCACCACCACCACCACCACCACCACCGCCUCCUCCACCGCCACCGCCUCCUCCUCCUCCUCCACCUCCAUUGUCAACUCCAGCUUCUGCAUCUUUAGUCUCUAGAUCGGCAUCAUUGGGUUCUUCGAAUAAGGGUAUUACUUCUGCUCCUCAUUCAUCUGGUGAAAAGGUUACAUCUUCUCAUAAUACAGCACCAACAAAUCAUACUCCAAAUCCACCAUCUGAUCUUAUUUCAAGUGCUGAUCGUUCUAAUUUAAUGGCUAGUAUUAGAUCAAGUGGUGGUGUUUCUAUGUUAAGAAAGGUGGAACCUGCUUCAUCCUCAAGAUCUUCCUCAAGCUGUUUUAACGGAACAUCUCGUUCUACUAAUGGCACCGGAGGACAUAUUAAUUUAGAGGAUGCUUUAGUUGCUGUUUUAAACCAUCGCAAAGGAAAAGUUACUCUAAGUGAUGAUGAUGAAUCAGAAGAUGAUGAUUGGGACGAAUAAUGGAUUAAUUUUUAUUUCUUUAUUUAUUAGGAUACUGUC